CUCUCAUUACUCUCAAGCUAACAUCAACAUUAUUAUUAGUAUUAACAUAACACUACAAGCUUGGUUGGUGGUAAAAAGGACAUCUCGAUUGUCGUAGUAAUUUUCACUUAAACACAUUUUUAAUCACCAAAUAAAAAUAAAAUCUUCUGGGUUUCAUUUCAAUUUCAAGAUCUUGAAAACCCAUCUUCUCCCCCCCUCUUUCUUUCAAUACUGGGGUCACAAGAUUCUUGAACCCUUUUGUUUGUUACCGCAAGUUUGGAUUUUUAUUCAACAGAAAGCUUUAUCUCUUGAUUUUGAACUAGGGUUUUAGAUCUUGUAAACUGGGAAGCUCAGAAUAUGGAGAUCUAGGGUUUCUGUGUUUUCAUUGGAAUCUGGGAGGAGUGUAUCAAUGGCGACCACUAAGCGCGCGUAUAAGCUACAGGAGUUUGUAGCUCAUGCUUCUACUGUGAAUUGUUUGAAGAUUGGGAGGAAAUCUUCAAGAGUUCUUGUUACUGGAGGUGAAGAUCAUAAGGUUAAUCUAUGGGCUAUUGGCAAACCAAAUGCUAUACUGAGUUUGUCGGGCCAUUCGAGUGGAAUUGAUUCGGUCAGCUUUGAUUCUUCUGAAGUACUUGUAGCAGCUGGAGCUGCAAGUGGUACAAUUAAGUUGUGGGAUUUAGAAGAAGCAAAGAUUGUUCGGACGCUUACUGGUCAUCGAUCCAAUUGUAUAUCAUUGGAUUUCCAUCCGUUUGGGGAGUUUUUUGCUUCUGGAUCUUUAGACACGAAUUUAAAAAUAUGGGAUAUAAGACGGAAAGGGUGUAUACAUACGUACAAAGGUCACACACGGGGUGUCAAUGCGAUAAGAUUUACACCCGAUGGUCGUUGGGUAGUUUCUGGCGGAGAAGACAACAGUGUAAAGCUGUGGGAUUUAACUGCGGGAAAGCUAUUACAUGAUUUCAAGUUUCAUGAAGGCCAGGUGCAAUGCAUAGAUUUUCAUCCAAACGAGUUCUUGAUGGCGACAGGUUCUGCUGAUAAAACCGUUAAGUUUUGGGAUCUCGAGACUUUAGAACUCAUAGGUUCUGCUGGUCCAGAGACUAGUGGAGUACGUUGUAUGACAUUCAAUCCUGAUGGGAGAACCCUUUUAUGUGGUUUGCAUGAGAGCCUUAAGGUGUUCUCAUGGGAACCAAUCAGAACACAUGAUGCUGUGGAUGUGGGAUGGUCAAAACUGUCGGAUCUUAACAUGCAUGAAGGGAAGCUUCUAGGUUGUUCUUACAACCAAAGCUGCGUAGGAGUUUGGGUCGUAGAUAUCUCGCGAACCGAGCCAUAUAAAGUCUCAAAGUCAAAUGGUCAUCAAGAACAAAUAUCUAACUCAAGUGGAAACCUCUCAGUUUUGACUGAAAAUACCACAAAAACUAGUAUGGGCCGGCUAUCCGUUUCACAAACUUCAGAUUCAAUUGUGAAGGAAACAAAAUCGUUAGCGAGGCUUUCAGUUAGUCAAAACUCGGAACCAACCAACAAGGAUUCCAAAACCUUUUCAUCCACAGGAAAUGCUGCUAGUAUUCCUCAAAAGAUUUAUCCAAAUGUCGUCAAUAAGAUAAGUCCAACUGCUUCAGUUUCCGCUGGCAGCGCACCGACAGCUUCAAAACGAAACGUUACAAAAAGCCAGUCAACGCAAAAUGUAUCAACUUUUAAUAGGCUAGAUGCCGCACCUGUAAUUGUGCCAAGAAACAACGUUGAUUUAAGAAGAGAGGGUAUUUCUGGAAGAGUACCACCGACAAUUAUACUGUCGAAAACAUCCGAUUCUCGCAAGUUUACAAAUGUUAAGGAUGAAGCAGAGAAACCGUUAUCGUCUGUACAAUCUGUGAGUGAUGCAAGUGACAUUGAAUCAAGUCGAGUUGCUGACAGAAAUAAUUUUACGUCAAUGAAAAGCAUGGCUUUUGAAAUUCCCGCAAAGGAGUCAAGCUUUGCUGAUGACAGGUCUCACCAGAAUGUAGUGACGGAGUCAACUCCAAGCUACCAGCCUGAAAUAUAUGAAGGACGUCUUCCACGAGCAAAUAGAGAUGCUUUCUCUAUGGAAAAACGAAGAGGAAGAACACGUACACUUGUUUCUACUUGGGACAGAAAAGAAAGGCCUCCUUAUCACGACACUCUUUCUUCUAGAAGCAUCUCUGAUAGUAGCUCUGCUGUCAAUAAGCUAUCAAAUACCGUGAAACAGGUACCUGAAUCCACUGUGAAGGAAACAGGGCCCGCAUCAGAGGAUGACAUUGCUUUGGAUAUCAUGGGACAACAUGAUCAAUUCGUAUCCUCGAUGCAGACUCGUCUGGCCAAGCUACAGAUGAUCCGUAGAUGCUGGGACAGGAAUGAUAUUAAAGGAGCAAUUAACGCAUUGUCGAGAAUGUCUGAUCAUGCUGUGACUGCAGAUAUAGUCAGCCUUUUGACCGAAAAAAUCGAUACCAUCACCUUGGAUGUUUGUUCUUCUUUACUGCCUCUCCUCAAUAGCCUCCUAGAUAGUGACAUGGAUAGGCAUCGGGGAGUAUCAAUAGAAUUACUGCUUAAACUUGUACGGGUAUUUGGUUCAGUGAUAUAUUCUUCUUUACAAGCAUCAUCCCCUGUUGGUGUUGAUAUUGAGGCGGAACAAAGGUUGGAGCGAUGCAACCUGUGCUAUCUGGAGCUUGAAAAGGUCAAACGUUCUUUGCCACUCAUAACAAGAAGGGGCGGAACGAUCGCCAAGUCAGCGCAUGAGUUGAAUCUUGCUCUUCAAGAAGUCUCAUGAGUUUGAGUGAAAGAUUGAUUUGAAACAGAAUUAGGGUUUGCUUUUUAGGAUAGGAAAUUUGGAAAGUUCAACUGCAGUGUUGGGAUGAUGAUGAUGUACAUUUGAUCAUAUGCACUUAUGCAUAAGCAAUGAUUAACUAAAAGCUAAUAUGUCCUUCAAAGACUGAUUGAGUUUUUGGAGGCGAAGAAGCCGCAUGACAUGUAUACCAGUUGAUCAACCAAUGAAAAGGGAGUGACUGACUAAUCGAGAUGUUAGUAAAUAUUUUUCGUUUAUUUGAGUGCGAAGUUGAGAUCCAUUGGUUCAUUUUCAAAAGUACCAGUUGAGGAUGAAUGUUGAGAUUGAUUACCUGAAAUGUAUUUGAAUUGUGUAACUUGAUUGUAGGCAUGGAUUCUUUAAAUUGUGAAUGCUACCCACCUUUUGGCUUGAAAAA